UGGCGGCCUCCGCCCGGAUCUCAGCGCUGUAGCCCUGCGCCUCUCCCGCCCUCGUCUCCGGGCCCGCGGCCCCGGGCUCGGCGGAGGCGGCGGAGCUCUGGGCCACUGUAUCUGGAGUAGAGCAGAAAAAUUAUUAUGCCUGCAUUCCCUGGGGACUCUUUGGAAAUUAUACAGUGACAUCUUCAGGGAUUUAGUCUGUUGUGUAUUCUCAGUGUGUCAGCUGUGUGUCUGUGCUGAAACUUGUUCCAAGUCUUUGAAGGGGGAAACAAUGUUAGCAGUGAUGUGUUGCAGCUCUUCAGGAUUUUCGAAACCUUAUUAUUAGGGAGCGCACAGAGUGGUGCCUAAAAUGGAAGUAGACAUCAAUGGCGAGCCCAGAAGUACCCUGAGCACCCUGCCCUUGCCCGUGGCCGAGGCGAGCUCCCCGGGGAAGGCGGAGGCCGAGAAGCCGCGCUGCUCCAGCACGCCCUGCUCCCCGAUGCGCCGGACCGUGUCGGGCUACCAGAUCCUGCACAUGGACUCCAACUAUCUGGUGGGCUUCACCACGGGGGAGGAACUCCUGAAGCUGGCCCAGAAGUGCUCGGGGGGCGAGGAGGGCAAGGGGGAAGCCGUGCCUUCCCUGCGCUCCAAACAGCUGGACGCGGGCCUCGCGCGCUCCUCGCGGGUGUACAAAGGCCGGAGUCGGUACUACCAGCCCUACGAGAUCCCGGCCGUGAACGGCCGGCGGCGCAGGCGGAUGCCCAGCUCAGGAGACAAGUGCACUAAAUCCUUACCUUACGAACCUUACAAGGCCCUCCACGGGCCUCUGCCUCUCUGUCUUCUUAAAGGUAAGAGGGCUCACUCCAAAUCUCUGGACUACCUCAACCUAGAUAAAAUGAGCAUCAAGGAGCCAGCUGACACAGAAGUGCUUCAAUACCAGCUUCAGCACCUGACCCUGCGAGGGGACCGCGUGUUCGCCCGGAAUAACACAUGAACGACUCGUGCGGACUUCAGCCCGCUGAGGUCGACCUACACUUGGCUAGAACGGAAAACAAACACACAUAAAACAAACAAAAAAAAAAAAACAAAAAACGUAAACACCCACUGUUGUACUCUGCUCCUACUUCCCCUUCUAGAUGGUUCUAUCAGCUUAAGUGUGCCUGGAACCUAAAAAUCGUCGGGAUCACACUUUGAAUGCAGGAGUGGACUCACAGGUCCUUGGGACGGGGGAUCAUUUUAGAGCGCGCAGCUGCAAAGAACCCAGAAUGUUGACCGUCUGUAUAGCUUUUGAGCCAGGAAAGGCGGCUUUGGUGCACUGCGUCUUUAGGAUUCUGACACUCAGAUGGGGAAUGUUACCUGCUUGGUUGUAGCUGACUUGGUAUGAUUCAUUACAAAUCUCUCUCUUAAGUACUCAAGUACUUCCGGAAUCUCUGUAUUUUACUAUAACAUGUAUGUGAUGAUUUGUUUUACGAAAUUUAGAACUUGAACAUUGCUGAAUUGGACCACUUUUUAUUUUUAAAUAUUGAGUUUAAAUAUUUUAUAACUGGUUUUGCACUGAAAAAAAAAAACUAACACUUCAGAUUAAGAGCAAAGUCUUACUUCUCUUGCCUCAAUAAUAUUAUUGAGCAAUGAGUUUUUUUUUAUUUCCGCAUGGAAAGUUAUUGAUCUCUAUGGCUGUAAAAUAUUUCUUUAUAGCGUUAUUAAAGUGUGUCUUAAUAACAUUAAAUUUGGGAUACAAAGUAUUUAUUUUGCAACCGGAGGAGUGGAAGCUUUUCUAGAAAGUUUCCAAUACGAAGUUUUCAUCAGUUGGAAAAGUUUCCUUAGUGCUAAUUUUCUAAUUUAAAAUUCAUCUGGAACUUUACAACAGAAAGGAUUCUUUUAAUUGUGGAUGAUAGGCAAAAUACUGUUUGCAUCUGAAUUUCCUGUUAGUGAAUGGAACUUUAAUAGAGGACCUCAUGAUUUCGACUCGUGAAUGCUUGUACUAAAUAUGAAGUAAUGCCAUUCAGCACGGCGUGGGCUCAGUCCGGUUUUAGUCCUGUGCCACACAGCACUCAUUGAAAUCCCAGUUUCUAGGAUUAGUGUAGGAGCCUAAAGCGCUUCUAUAGUUUUAAUGGGUUAAUCCUGGAUUACUUAACAAUUUAUGUCAAUUGCACUGGUUUAAUUUGUUGCUAAAGAAAUAAAGCCCUGGCUUUGGUAACAAAUACAGCUCAACUAUUCUUGAAUAUAUUUUGGGGGGAAAACUGUACGUAACUUACCUUUUGUAAACGUUUCUAUUUUUUUUUCCUUUGACUCUUGAAGGUGCAAUUUAUUACCAAAUUGGCAUUUCUGGCAGCAUCAAAUUUGCAUACUUUUAAGUUUUAUUUUGGGGACUGUGAGUUUCUUAGGUGUUAGCGAUCUUGCUUAUAUAAAAUAAGAACACCUUUUAAUUAACGAAUGGAUCAUUCCUGGUACAAUUGUGAUUUUCCUUGGGCCAGAAUGAAUGACAGACUCCAUUUAGGGCAGCAGACCGAUUAAAAAAACCCUAGGAACUCGUAAACAAUGUUUAUUACACCUUCCCCUUGGGUACACCAUGUGAGAGAGCCUUGGGGAGGUGGGCCUGCUUCUUACUGAGUUGAUUACAUUUCUUGGUGGGCUGCAAGUUUUCAGCUAUUGUAUAUUUUAAGUAAAUUGCACCUUUGUAACAUAUUGUAUUGGUGAAUGAUCGCUAAGAUUGACUUUAUCUAUACUGUCAAGACAUAGAAUCCUGUCAGAUGCCAAAGAGUUGGGAUUUUUACGUUUAAUGAUUAAACACCAUUAUUUAUUGAUGAUUUACCCUGUGGAACUGUAUUAUUUCUAACUAUGAAAUAAAAGGGUGAUGUAAACACACAUUGUUGUGUGGUGCUUUAA